UUACUUUCUGCGCAGUUCAGAUAGCGUGCGAACCCAUUUUGUCAGGGUACCCACUGCAAAGCAGCGAUAAUGUUGCACUUCGGAUUGAGAUGCGGAAUCGCAUUACUCGUCCUCCUCUGUGGUUCUUCCACUGCCCGAACGCUACCAGAAAACUGGAGACAGUACGUUGAUGCCGAUACAAUGGCAGACAGUAACGAUCAAUCGCGAUACAGCAACGACUACUGGGAGGGCGACAUUGCAGGGAUUGAUUUCGAAGAGGUGAAAGGGAAUUACGCCGCCAAUGCGGUCGACAACGACGCUUUGCUGUGGCCCAACAAUACUGUUCCCUAUGAAUUCACCACGCAAACUUCGGCGGCAUUCAGUUCAUCGGAAACGAGAAUGAUUAAGGAAGCGAUGGAUAUUAUCAUGCAUUUCACCGGCAACUGUGUCAAAUUUGUGCCUCGUACUUACCACCUUGAUUACGUUAAAUUUCAAAAAAGCUUUCAAUGCUCGUCGAAUAUCGGUCGGACGGGACAGAAGCAGUUAAUACAGCUGACACCGAGUUGCAUAGCCCAUUACGGCUGCAUCCAGCACGAGCUGAUGCACACGCUGGGUUUCUACCACGAACAGUCACGCCUCGAUCGGGAUGACCACGUUAUCAUCAACUGGGAUAACAUUGCGGCAGAGGACAAAGUCCAGUUUGAGAAGCGUAAAGGCGUGACAUUUGACCUUCCCUACGACUACCAGUCGAUUAUGCACUACGAACUGAAAGCCUUCGCUAAAGACCCGAAUUUCCCUACCAUAGUACCGUUAGUGAGGGGAAUGAAAAUGGGACAGAACGAGAAUCUGAGUCCACUAGACUUGGCCAGGAUUUACAAGCGCUUCAGGUGCAACGUGCCCACCGAUACAGAUUUCAGGUGCACGCAAGGGAUAUGCCCCGCUUCCGAUACGAUGGCGUCCGCGAUGCAAGAGAAUUCAGGCAGCGCCAGCAGUGCCAAGUCACUCCCAAAAUUAUCGCAAGAGGUUUGCGUCCCACCGAGCACUGCGAGCUUGGCUUCGGAUGUUACUUCUGCUGCCCAGGAUGAGCCUCAGGAUCGCAGUUCCCAUCCGGAAGACUAUGUCUACCCACUGCCCCGUCGCCCUGUGUUGACCUGGACACCUGAAGAGUGCGGACAGCAACCUUCGUCCGAGAGCGGGUGCUCAAUCUACGACUUUCAUGCCAACUGCACCCAGGGGCAAAGCAAAGACACAGUUUUAUUUUACAAGCUAACUUGCCAGGAAUACACCUAUGGCUUGAAAUCAGACCCAGACGGAAUUAGAGCUGUCACUGAAGCGUUGGCCCGGCCACCCAUCCGCAACAUAGCCGCUUUUUGGGAAGACUCCAAGAAUUUUACUGGUGAACUGUUGCAACCCAUUCGUAAACAAAUCAUUCGGUUCCAGCUAAUAUCUGCGGAGAGCAGCCGAGCCACCGGCAAGCUUCGUGAAAUGAUGUUGACCAAUAUGCUUGAUUUUUGUGUAAACCAUUGUCGUUUAAAUGUGAAUAUCGCUAUCCAGCGAACGGAUUUCACCACUUCUCCGAAGCUUCGCAUACUCGCUAUCGUUGGGUGUCGAAUUGCAUUGCUGGAAGCCGACAGCUUCUUCUAUCUGAUGGAUCUUCGGGUGAUUAAGGUGGAGUUUUGGAGUUCUUCAGAUGACGACGAUGACGUCGAUGACGACGAUUUUCGUCUUCCAGUGCACGGCAAAAACGGCGAAUCGUCAGUUGCCUUGCCAGGUGACACAAGGCCCAUUGGUCACAUUCACUGCGAUCCGGCUCGUGUAUCUGUAUGGUAUCGUGCGUGGAUAGCCAGGAAUCCGUAUCUGAUUCAGAAUCGAACAGUAGGCAGUGUGUAUAACGUGGGAGGACUGAGGAACGACGGUUACACGCACGAUGAACUUUUUGCGCCGAUUAACUGCAGCAACGCCAUUAUGAGCACUAAAAAACCGGUCUAAGAAAAUUUAGGCUAAGAAAAAUACCGCUCAGACAGCGGAGCUUUGCUAUUGAUGCGCAAUGGCAUGAUUUUCUUUGUGGAGUUUGGAAUGCGCUUAAGCUAACCCUUUUAACGAUUUGCAAUCUCUUCCCCCA